AUGUGGCAGCGGUACUCGACUUUGAUAGCGUUGCUGGCUUGCCUCGCUCUGUCCACCUCGACGGCUGCCUUUCCAAUCACCGUCUCUGUCUCGCAGCAGUGCGCGCCGCUCAACGUCACCUGGAAAGCCGAACCGCAAGCUUUCCCAUACACGGUCUGGAUCGCAGCCAAUCACGGCUUUGUGCAAACCUACCGCAUCAACAGCGACUAUCAACCUGGCUCGGAUCACAUCACUUUCCAAUAUGUCGUUCCUCCCCCCACCGGCGGCUUCACCUCGUAUACUGUCACCGUUGCAGACUCGCUGGGCGAUGGCAACACCACUCAGGCUCUCGGUAUCAACACUCCCUCCGGCUCCACAUCCAACUGCCCUGCCUACACCGGCAGCGCCGCCUUUACCUACGCAGCAGAUUCCUCCAACGGCACCAGCAUGAUCCAAUGCGGUCAGGUCAGGUUCUACAAUGUCGGCGAUCGAGGCACCCGACCCUUCACCAUCAGCUUCAUCCCUCUAGGAGGCACGCCCGUCUCAGUCCAGGUCCCCGAUAGUGCGACGCUCAACAUCUCCAACUUCAUCUACACCACCCUCGUUCCUUUCGCGCAGGGCACACAAUUUCAGACGGUUCUCGGCGAUGCAUCAGGUCCGGGCAGUGGCGGUGCCAGCCAAAUCUUUACCGUCGGACCCUCGACCUUUAGCCCGGCGUGUCUAGCCGGAAACUACCAAUUGCCCAACAAGAUCACCACCGCCCUGCCCAUUGCCAAUAAUGUCGCCACCUACAACAAUUUGCCAGGCGCCAUCUCGACAUCGCAAAGCAGUUCUGGUUCCAAAUCGACCGGUGCCAUUGCAGGAGGCGCCAUUGGUGGAGCGAUCGCGCUCGGAGUCGCCAUCGGGUGCUUGAUAGCCUUCCUGUUGUAUCGAAGGAGGCAAAGGGCCAAACGCGAUCUGGCACGGCGCGAGGAGGUGCGCUUUGUCGAUCUUGAUGGCGACGAUGACGACAACGAAUGGGCCAAUCUCCGACCCAGCCGCCCACUCCGACCCUUCCGCAGCAGUCCAGCAGAAGACAAUACGUCCUCUGGCCAUGCGCAGUCCUACAGCGUCUCGCCUUUCGUGUACGAUCCACGGCACCACGCCCUAUCCUCGGAGGGCGGAGACGGCCAGAGCCUCGAGAUGACCUCGCCUGUAUCGGCCAAUGCGAGCUACGGCGACCUGCUCACCGCCGCCGGUCUCAACAGCUCACCCGGCGUGUCGCCGAGCGACGACUACCCGCCUCGCCCGAGCAACACCUCGGCGCACUCAAACCCAUUCUCCUCCCGCAAUGCCAUCGCAGACUACACAUCCGACUCACACACAGGCGCAUCUCUCCACACCGCCUCGCGCUCCCCAUCCAAAGCUCAACAGGCAGCCGCUCAGCAGAGGCGCGACAACAGGGCACCGAGACGGGUCGUCCAGCACACCGACGGCGGCGCUCUGCCCCAGCCCGAGAGCGAUGAGGAGGAGGAGGAGGUCGUCGACGAGCUGCCGCCAGAGUACGGCGGGUGGCUGCAGAGCGGCGCCGGCAGGCAGGCCCCACCAGCACCGGCUCCGGGACGAGGGCAGGUCGGAGGCGCUUUUUAG